GUUCGCACGAUUUUCCGCGUUCAUCCCGUCGCGCUAUUGCCGCCAAACCGCACGAUACCGCCAUCACGUUUAUGCGAAAAAUUUUCAAUUUUUACAACCGAUACAAAUAGACACGUCGCGAUCGGGAGGCCCCGUCGAAUCGAUUUCGAUCAACUGCUCGUCGGUCAGUCGCGUGUUCCGAUUUUCCAUUCGGAAAUUAAUAUUUCUUUCGGUCCGUCGUGCGGUAACAUAUUAUAGUGUGAUAGUGCCGUUAAAUUAUCACACACGACAUAAUUGUAUUGUUGACGACGGAUAUUAUUGUCAUCGCUAUAGUCCGUACCCGCGGGCCAGUCUUCCGGCUAUCGUCUGCAACACGCUUCGGGUGAAGAAAACAUAAAUCUCGCGAUAAACCUCACAUAUCACGUACACUGUCGAUGUUCGCUAUGCCAGUGGUCAUAAACGGUCCCAGCGGUCGUCGCGACGCGUGAAAACAGCUUACCAAACGUGUCGACGUGAUCGCACGUGCACGAUGAGGCCGUUCGUGGUUGGCGUGGGAUUGGCACUGCUGCUGGCCAUCGGGACGUUCCACGGCGCCGUAUGUUCACAAAACGGCGAUGGGAAAAAAAAUUCAGUGCCGGAAACUGGCGGAAAACCUAUGGAAAAACCCUUGGCUCCCGUGCGGGGUAUCUCCACUGCGCUGCCGCCGCGGAACACGACAAACUCGACCGCGGCGGUGGGUACCGCGACCACACCGGAUGUAACGAACACGACGCAAAGCAGUGCACUGGACGACGCACAACUCCAACGGACACUACUCAAACCGAAGUUUUUGACGGAAAACUCGUCGACCGUCGUCGCGCAGACGGGAGCUUCCAGUCGGAUAUCCUGUCUCGUCGCCAACCUGGGUGACUGCGUAGUUUCCUGGAUUCGUAGACGAGACUACCGACUACUCACCGUCGGCCUAUCUACAUACACGGAAGAUUUGCGGUUUCAAUCUCUGCAUCACGUUCAGACUGGGGAUUGGACACUACAAAUAAAAUACGUUCAGCUACGAGAUGCCGGUUUGUACGAGUGUCAAAUAUCAUCACAUCCACCGAAAAGCAUUUUUAUCAAUUUAAAAGUUGUCGAGGCCCAGGCCGAGAUAGCCGGUGCUUCCGAGAAGUAUCUAAUGCUGAAUAGUCCGCUGCAUUUGGAAUGUGUGGUCCAACAGAGCCCCGUAGACCCAGUGUAUAUAUUCUGGUAUCACGACAGCCGAAUGAUCAACUACGACAUCGACCGGGGCGUAAACGUUACGUCGGACUUACCGAACAAGCACAGCGCAUUGUACAUUGAACGCGCGUCUCGCGCCCAUUCCGGCAACUACACGUGUGCACCGAGCAACGCGUUCCCUGCCAACACGGUCAUACAUAUUCUCAACGGUGAGAACCCGGCGGCCAUGCAGCACGGACACGGACGGAGUCUGAACAUGCUUAGCUGUCCGUCCAUAUGGAUACUCAUACCGUCCUUAGUGAUGUUUAUCAACUUGAAUACAAAUUGAAAGCACAAUAUUAUUGGUGUGCGACUGCAGUGAGCGCGUGAAAAACGAAAAACGCUACGCCUAUAAAAUAACUUUAUUAUUGUAGGAGAAAAAAAAUAUUAAUAAUAAUAACGAUGACAGAUUAAGUGUGAAAUAAAUAAACACUGUAAAUACAUUUUUGAUUACGGACAUAGCUUUUAAUAAUUUCUAAAACACUGUUGUUUAAUAUUAAAUAAUAUUACGUCAUUACACACUACGCCAUGGUGUUUUAUAAUUUCAUUAUUAUGUUUGUCGAUUCCUUUAUAAUAUACCAGUUAAACG